CAGCUGCAUGCGUAAAACAAUUUUCAUCCGCCUAUUACUACCUUGGAAUCUUUCCGUCGUUCAUGAUUCACCUUCUUCGGGUCAUUCCGCGAAAUACACAAUAAAUGUGAUAUAUGCAGUUCCAGCGUAUCUGGACAUUUUUCUCGACGAGUAAAAAGGCCUCCUUUCCCCACCGCCCCUUCUUUGUGCCCAGUAUUUAAGACUUCCACUUUGCCAGAAUAUGCACUGACCAUUUUCAGAGGGGAAUCGCUUCCUCCGCCUCCGCCACGACGUGGAAUUUCCCGUCUUUUCUUUCGGCCAUGUCCACCGGCAAAGAGCUCGUUCCCAAUCACAAUGACACCUUUCAGAAGACCCAGCAGCCUUUGCAGGUUGCAAAGCGCUUAGAGAAGUUCAAAACGACAAUCUUCUCCCAAAUGAGUAUGCUUGCCAACAAACAUGGGGCCAUAAACCUUGGUCAGGGAUUUCCCAACUUUGAUGGUCCGGAGUUUGUAAAGGAAGCUGCAAUUCAGGCCAUAAGGGAUGGGAAAAAUCAGUACGCCCGGGGUCCUGGAGUUCCUGACCUGAACUCGGCCAUUGCAGAUAGAUUUAAGAAAGAUGCUGGGCUUACGGUGAACCCUGAAAGAGAAGUUACCGUUACCACUGGAUGCACAGAAGCAAUUGCUGCGACCGUGUUGGGAUUAAUAAAUCCUGGUGAUGAGGUUGUCCUAUUUGCUCCUUUUUAUGAUUCUUAUGAGGCCACUCUUUCCAUGGCUGGUGCUAAAAUAAAAUGCAUCACUUUGCGCCCUCCAGACUUUGCUGUCCCCUUUGAAGAACUGAAGUCUACCAUCUCAAAUGGUACCCGUGCCAUUCUCAUAAAUACACCUCACAACCCAACUGGAAAGAUGUUCACGCGAGAGGAGCUUGAUGCUAUAGCAUCUCUAUGCAUUGAAAAUGAUGUUCUGGCUUUUGCUGAUGAAGUUUAUGAUAAGUUGUCUUUUGAUAUGGAUCACGUUUCUAUAGCUUCUCUUCCUGGAAUGUUUGACAGGACAGUAACAAUGAAUUCUCUGGGAAAGACGUUCUCGUUAACGGGGUGGAAGGUUGGAUGGGCAAUAGCACCCCCUCACUUGACAUGGGGUCUGCGACAGGCACACUCUUUCCUCACUUUUGCCACCUGCGCUCCCAUGCAGUGGGCAACUGCAGCAGCUCUCAGAGCGCCAGAUUCUUACUUUGCGGAUCUCAAGAGGGAUUAUAUGGCAAAGAGGGAGAUUUUGGUGGAUGGAUUGAAGGCUGUUGGUUUUAAAGUGUUCCCGUCCAGUGGAACUUACUUUGUUGUGGUGGAUCACACACCUUUUGGACUGGAAAAUGAUGUUGAAUUCUGUGAAUAUCUAAUUAAGGAGGUGGGAGUGGUGGCAAUUCCUACCAGUGUAUUUUACUUGAAUCCGGAAGAGGGAAAGAAUCUAGUCAUAUUUACUUUCUGCAAGGAUGAGGAAACUCUAAGGGCUGCAGUUGAAAGGAUGAAAGGAAGACUGAAAAGAAAAUGAUCCGGAUAAAAGGUUUGAGAUGGUUGAACCCUAAUAAGCCACGGGAUGCACUAUAUAUGUUACAGCACGGAAAUAACGUAUGAGAGGCAUUUUUCUCCACUGGGAGCUUUCAUUGUAGGAUAGUAGUAACUUCUGUGUGCUUGAAGUGAGAACCAGCAGAUGCUCAUUAGUCUAGUCAUUAUUUGUUAUCAAGGGCUUUUUGUAAAAUUCCAAUGUUAUUGUGGCUACUUGCUUGUGACAAAUGAAGGGUAGGAAGGACAUGUACAAUAAUCAAUAAUAACCGGGAUCAUGAACUCCUGCGGAGAAAUCACCGACUCUUUUCAG